AUGCCUGUUUCAGACGCCAUCCUCACUCAGAUCCUCACCCAGCUCGAGGCGCUCCAGGUCUCGCAGCAGACCUUGGCAGCCAAGGUCGAUGCGCUGACACCGCCGAAAACCCCCUCGAGCGCGCCGCAGAGCAGCGGGACGCCCGCCACCAGCGGGCAGGCAGCCGCGGAGGCGAUGAUGGCCAUGGAAGCGCCGACUGCGUCCCCGCACUCCUCCCUCAUCUCGCCCUCGACCUCGCCCGCGACCGGCACACUCUCGAACAAUGAACGCGACAAGGAGCGGGAGAAGGUGCUGUACACAUCGCGGGUGAUGCUCACCACGUACCCCGACCAGCACGGCAUCAAGCCGUACCAGCUGCAGUGGGGCGCGGCCGAGGCUGCGACGCGCGGGCCUAUCAUCUGCUCACGGCUGCCGUCGACCAUCAAGCAGCGCAACGCGAUUGGGGCGCACUCCGGGUCGUACUCGAUCUACCGCGCGCUCGCGAUCGCGAUGGGCACGCUCGACCCGACGCACAAGCCGGACUACAGCAUGACGGAGCCCGCAGUGUCCGUCCCGCCGCAGCCGUCGUGGUCCGACCCGACGAAGAUCGUCUCGUUCGACCCGUGGGGCCAUCUGGUGCCGCAGGUGUACAAGCGGGAGCUGGAGGAGCUCGGGCUGGACGUACGUCCGAGCAUCGCCGUCACGCGCGCGCAUAUGAAGCUGUCCGAGAUCGACGAUACCGUGCGGAAGGGCGGGCUUACGAUUGACGGCAAGAUUCUGCUGAAGAGCGCCCCCCUGGUCAACGCAGACGGGACGCAGAGCUCAGAGGACCCUGGCGUGGAAAUCGCUAUCAGCAAGGCGGCUGUCGAGCCCGUGUGGUAUCUUCCGGGUGUCGCUGAGCGGUUUGGCAUUUCCGAGGCCUUGUUGCGUCGCGCACUCUUCGAAGACACGGGAGGAAUGUACCCUGAGCUCAUCACGCGCCCAGAUAUCAAAGUCUUCCUCCCUCCGAUCGGCGGCUUGACAGCAUAUAUCUUUGGAAACCCUGCAUUCCUAUCAGACGAGUCGAAAGAACUCACCCUGCGUGUUCACGACGAGUGCAACGGUUCUGACGUCUUCGGCUCGGAUAUUUGCACGUGCAAGCCGUAUCUCAUCUAUGCGAUCGAGGAGUGCAUCCGAGGGGCGCAGCGUGGUGGCGUCGGUCUCGUCGUAUACUUCCGCAAGGAGGGGCGUGCUCUCGGCGAGGUCACAAAGUAUCUUGUGUACAACCUGCGCAAGCGUGGCGGCGACUCGGCGGACAAGUACUUCAAGGCGACGGAGCUCAUCGCCGGUGUGAAGGACAUGCGCUUCCAGGCACUCAUGCCCGACGUGCUGCACUGGUUCGGUAUCAAGAAGAUCGACAACAUGGUGUCCAUGAGCGACAUGAAAUACGACGCUAUCGUACAGUCCGGCAUUCCCAUCCACAAGCGCUAUGAUAUUCCCGAGCAUCUUCUGCCUCCCGACUCGCGCGUCGAGAUCGACGCGAAGAUCGCCGCGGGCUACUUCUCUCACAACAAGAUCAUCACGGAGGCGGAUUUGGUCAAGACGGUCGGGCGUACGUGGGAGGAGACGGAGCACUGA